AGAACUGGGUUGUUCUUUGAAAAAAAUGUUUCCAAAUUUAAUUUUGGCGAUAUUAAUUGGUCUCGCAGUCGGAGUUGAUAGCGUCUUGUGGCCGUGCAGAUUCCAAGAGGAUUGCAGUAGUGUUGUGGCAAAUGCAAAGUGUAGUGAAUACUUUUAUUGUUACUGUCCAGCUGGAUACGUUUUUUCAACAGACGUUACUCAAUGCCUUAAAGAGUCUGGCUUUGGUGUAGCCUGCACGGAGAGUGUUCAGUGUUCUCAUAUGCUUUCCGGUGCCACAUGUGAAAAUGGAAAAUGCGGCUGUGCCGAAGGAUAUACUUACGCCCGAGGCAAAUGCCGAAAAUUAGCGCACUUACAUUCAGCUUGUAGUGAAACGAUCGACUGUGAAUUUAGUGGGGAUCGCGAAAGUGUAGUGUGCAAAGAGAGGACUUGUGAAUGUGCAGAAGGAUUUUACAAACGGUCAAACAAUGUGUGUCGUCGACUGUCUACAAAGCCGUGCGAACCAUGUUUGGUUCAAAGUGACUGUCAAAGUAAAGAAUUGUCGUUAGUGUGUGAAAAGCAAAAGUGUGUAAUCAAUGGCACGUCUACUUGUGACAAUAGCCCGUCAUCCGGCAUUUCAAGUAGCAAAACCAACUUGAGAGAUAUCGGAACGCAAAUUAGUUUAAAUAGCUUUAAAGAUGACAAUCCCAGUGACGAUAUUAAUUAUAAGCCUUUACGUACAGUUAGUACAUUAACAAGUGAUAGCAAUAACAAAAACUCCUUGUCUAGUUAUGAGUCAUCAAUGCGCGACGAGAGCACGCAAUUUGGUGACCCUUGCACAAGCGAAGGAGAACCUUGUCCUGGUCUUACCCAUUCAAUAUGUCGCAAAGCACUUUGUCAUUGUCAAUAUGGUUAUUAUGAAAAAGAUAGCCAAUGUAUGCCAGAACUGGGUGAGGAAGCACAAGACGAAAGUUUUUGUCCAUUUAAAGGACGUUUUGAAAAUAAGCGUUGUCUUUGUCCUUAUAACACAUUUUACGGUCCUAAUAUGCGUAUGUGUGUCAAACCAACAACCGGGUUCGAAGGAUCAUGUGUGUAUAAUGAACAAUGUUCCGUUUAUGGAGCUGCUUUUUGCUCUAAAAUUACGCCAAAAACUUGUCAGUGUCAUGCGUAUGCGACUUACAACAAGGAAAAAGAGUUGUGCGAGAUGAAAGAAGGCGUUGGAGAGUACUGUGAAAUUGAUAGCAUGUGCUCAGUGCCCAAUACAAGGUGUAAUGAACAGAAAUCUUGUGUUUGCAAAGACAAUUAUUUGGAAAAUGACGGAAAGUGCAUGCCCGCAAUCGGAGCAGAAUGCAAGGAGUCUGAGGAUUGUGUACAAGAAAAUUCAGAAUGUGUAAAAGUAACAAAUGAAAAAAGAAGUACGAGAUUUUCGAUGGAUGAAAAAAAGUAUUGUACAUGCAAGAAACAGUUCGUUCAUGCAGAUGGACAAUGUUUGAAAAAAGCUACAAAAUACGAAGAUGAUUGCAAGACAGAUGACCAAUGCACACCAUUGUUGGGUGAAAUGGGAAAGUGCAUAAACAGGACAUGUAAAUGUGAUAUUAUACAUCAUCAUAAGGAUGACAGAUGUUAUGAAAAGACUCCCUUAGAUGCUCCCUGCGAGCGAUCUAGUCAAUGCUUUGUUACUUCAGAGCCCGAUACUGUCGAGUGCAGAAACAGUCAAUGUAAAUGCAAAGUUAAUACAACAACAGACUUGGAAGCUCAAGCAUGCAUUAAACCUAAACCAACCAAAAAUUCUUCCAACCGCCCUAGCCCACUAAAAGUUAUAACUUUAACAUUGUUCGCAUCUGCUAUGUUACUAACAGGCUCGGCGCUAAAAGAAGCAUACUACCCGUAGAUAUUAUUUAAAUGGAUUGAUUCUGCUCAACUUUUUUAUCUUUCAAUUUGACGAAUUGAUUUUUGACACAAUACAUGCAAUAUGUAAAUUAUUUUUGCUUUGUUAAAAUAUGUUAACUACAUAUAUAUCGAGAGAUAAAAGUGCUAACAUAAUUUAUGAUAAAUAAAUUUUUA